UCGAUCCCACACUUUUUUAUAAUCGAUUUUCGCGUUGAUCGAUCUAAUUUUCCCCCAUUUGCUACGAGGUUUGAGUAAUGAAAUUGUAUAACUUGCUCUCGUUUUGAUCAUUUACCAAGCGGAUUAAGACCCGUGUUCCAAAAUGGGAGUGGAUCAGAACUUUCAGGAUGAGGAGGGCACCUUGGAGAUAGGAAUGGAAUACAGAACUGUAUCUGGAGUCGCUGGACCGUUGGUUAUCCUUGAUAAAGUUAAGGGACCCAAAUUUCAAGAGAUUGUUAAUAUUCGCUUGGGAGAUGGGAGUACUCGUCGUGGACAAGUUCUGGAGGUUGAUGGCGAAAAGGCUGUGGUUCAGGUUUUUGAAGGUACAUCUGGGAUUGACAAUAAAUUUACAACAGUGCAAUUUACUGGAGAGGUGUUGAAAACUCCAGUCUCACUAGACAUGCUUGGGCGCAUAUUUAAUGGUUCUGGAAAACCAAUUGAUAAUGGCCCACCAAUAUUACCCGAAGCUUACUUGGACAUAUCAGGAAGUUCUAUCAAUCCUAGUGAGAGAACUUAUCCUGAAGAAAUGAUACAGACAGGAAUAUCUACAAUUGAUGUCAUGAAUUCUAUUGCUAGAGGUCAAAAGAUCCCCCUGUUCUCAGCUGCUGGUCUCCCCCAUAAUGAAAUUGCUGCACAGAUUUGCCGUCAGGCUGGCUUAGUCAAGCGAUUGGAGAAAACGGAAAAUCUUCUUGAGCAUGGAGGAGAAGACGACAAUUUUGCUAUCGUGUUUGCUGCUAUGGGAGUUAACAUGGAGACUGCACAAUUUUUUAAACGUGAUUUUGAGGAAAAUGGCUCAAUGGAGAGAGUGACCCUUUUCCUUAAUUUGGCAAAUGAUCCUACAAUUGAGCGUAUUAUCACUCCUCGUAUUGCUCUCACGACUGCUGAAUAUUUGGCCUAUGAGUGUGGCAAGCAUGUUCUUGUGAUACUCACAGAUAUGAGUUCUUAUGCUGAUGCUCUUCGUGAGGUAUCUGCUGCCAGAGAAGAAGUACCAGGAAGACGUGGUUAUCCGGGUUACAUGUAUACCGAUCUUGCAACAAUUUAUGAACGUGCUGGAAGAAUUGAGGGUCGGAAAGGCUCUAUUACACAAAUUCCAAUUCUAACCAUGCCAAAUGAUGAUAUUACGCAUCCAACUCCUGAUCUUACAGGAUAUAUCACUGAGGGACAGAUUUACAUUGACAGGCAGUUGCAUAACAGACAGAUAUACCCACCAAUCAAUGUGCUUCCAUCACUAUCUCGGUUGAUGAAGAGUGCCAUUGGUGAGGGAAUGACUAGAAAGGAUCAUUCUGAUGUGUCCAACCAGCUAUAUGCAAAUUAUGCCAUUGGAAAGGAUGUCCAGGCAAUGAAAGCCGUGGUUGGAGAAGAAGCACUUUCGUCCGAGGAUCUGCUGUAUCUGGAAUUCUUGGACAAAUUUGAGAGGAAGUUUGUCACCCAGGGAGCCUAUGACACUCGCAAUAUCUUCCAGUCUCUAGAUCUCGCAUGGACUUUGCUGCGGAUCUUCCCCCGAGAGCUUCUUCAUCGUAUUCCAGCCAAGACCCUCGAUGCUUAUUACAGCCGUGAUGCCGGCAACUGAUGAGAUAUAUAAAAUUCGUAGACCUUGUUCUCCUGCAGAAUCAGCUCCUUAUGCUAUCAUCGGCAAUUAAUUUGUUUAUUUGCUUUCUCGCCCAGAAGUCCAUAUUUCUCUCUAGCCUGCUUAAAAUAAUAAGAGGAUGAGUCUGUUUGAGUGCCUCAUAUUUCGAGUCCGUUGAGUUAGUCAGAAAGAAAGACCCCAUAGUUACUGUGAUUCCUAUGCCAUUUUUUCUAUGGUGGGGGAAAUAUUAGUUUGGGAUGGCGCGUUGAUUGAAUUGUGGGAUGUUCACCGUCGUUGGUUGGUUCUUUUUUGUGUAGACUGCUUUCCCAAUGUAUGUUGCAUGUUUUAGAAUCUCAUUUAUAUCUUGUAAUUUGAUGAUUAUUUAGGGUAUUUGUUUGUAAUGAGGAUAGUUGUCAGCUGGACAUGUAUUUAUCUAUUUUUUGUUGAUUAAUAAGGGAAACCAACCUUCGUAGUUUCGGAA